AUGGCGGAAGCUGUCACGAAGCUCUCGAUUGCCCUGGUGGGCUGGCAGAUCAUCCCGGCCGUCGCAUCCAACAUCAUAGCCCGAAUAGUGGUCUCCUUGACGGGCAAGCAACUCACCGCGCGGGAACGGCAUUACAUCAUCAUAUCUGGCCUUUUCGCAUACCUCCUCGUCAACUUUAUCACCGCCCUUACCGGAGUAGAAGCUAGCUUUUAUGAAUUACUCCAUGUUCCGCCAGACGCGGAUGAAAAUGCUAUACGUCUUGCUUUCCGCGCCUUUGCCAGGAAGAACCACCCAGACCGCGUCGGCGCGAGUGGCGCCGACAUGUUCAUGGCUGUGCGCCACGGUUAUGAGUCUCUUAUGGACCCCAAUAAACGAUGGGCGUACGAUAGGUUCGGCACUGGGAUCAUGCGAUGUACACAAUGCCACUCACAACUCGACUUCCUCCACGAAGGACUAAUACGAUCUGCUGGAUUCCACCUGACAACCCUGUCUGUAAUACUUGGUUCUACUUUGCUCGGCGGUCGGAGUUGGACGACUCUGUGGCGCCUACUUCUUUCUCUAUUCACCAUGUUCGCCGAGCUCGUCUUGAUCUUUCACCCUAGUCCCGGACAAGCCACGAUAUACGAUACCCCACCUCUCGUUAUGAAGAUUCUGGCAUUCAUCCUUCCCAACCGCGUACCCUUCCAGUACAUCCACUUCCUACAUCAUCUUUCCCUGUUCGUCUCGUUGGCGAUGUCUCGCGUCUUGGCGGCACUCUUCCCUCGCACUCCGCAAGACACAGAUGGCACCUUGAGCCAGCGCGCUGUCCAGGAUCUAGCGAUUCGUAUAGCUAAACUGGAGAGGCAGACAUCUCUUCACAUCCACGACGAGCUCAGCGCCAUCAUGCCGCCAGAUAUGGAUUCAGCACAGAAACAGGCCUCGUUCGCGCAACUCACGCGCGGCAUGGAAAGACUCGUGCUCGAGAAACGCCUGACGACGGGCGAAGACUCGCCCAUAGGCGCCCAUGUUCCGCGUUCACCCCCGCGACCCGGACCAUCGCGAACGACAUCCUUCGCCGCUACGAAGAAUCCUGUCCUCACGCGCCAGGUCUCUUCUCUACGAAUCGCGUCGUCAUCGACGCGACCGUUACCACAACGUCGAACGUCAAUGGCGACUGGCGCGCAGGUUGCCGCACCCUCGACACCCGGCUCUCGUCCGAGUACACGACGGCAACCUUCUGGGCUCACGCGAGGAGAGCCCAUCGAGAUCGACAGCACCGACGCGUCUGAAUCGAGCGUUCGAUGGAGUGAUAGCGGGAUCGGGGAGGAUACUGUGGCUGGAGACAGCUAUGUUGUCGUGGACGAGCCCGACGCCGGUCAGAGGAAUGGCAGGGAAGAGACGCCGUUGAUGCCUGGCAUGUACAGGCGAGGGAGGUCGAAGAGCUGGUGA